GCAACAGGAAACGACCACUUCACCUUUUGGCGCCUCCCUUCUGUUUGCUAUCAACAUGUUCCUAUGAUUCUCUCUUCACCAUCCGACGACCUCGAUCCAUUACAAUUGCAAUCGCAUCACACUGCCUUGUCGUUGGACCUCGACACGCACGCGCCCAAGUGAACAACAGUACGAACGGCUAUACUACUAUACCCCACUAGCUCUAGUCUAGCAUCUCUAUCAUAUCCACCGCGGCGCAGGAACAAUGGCGACGAUUGCCCUUCCACGACCACUCGAGUCCCAUAGGUCCUCCUCCAACAUUGGCUCCAUCUCCUCCACCCUCACCCUGGCGCCGACCACUCACCCGGCGCCCAUCCCCAACAAACAUAUUCCCGUUUGUCCUCCGGGUUCAGUUGCAGUUUCCCAGGACGACGCUAAUACGCCGCCGCCUUCGCCUUGGCCCGUGACGAAUGGCGCCGACGAAGACUCGUCUCCUCACUCGCUUCUCUACCCGCCUCAUCGCUUUCACCAUGUCGACUCCGGCGAUCUCUCCAUCUACAAGAUCGACGCCGCCGACGUCGUUGCUGCCUUGGACUAUCUUUCGAGGCAACCCUUGCCAGAUCCCGCGCACGUCUUCCCCUGGUACCAUGGCCUCCAUCCCCGGAACCAAGUGCAACAACACUUCUUCAUCGCCCGCAAGCGUGCUCUGAGAAAGACCCCCUCAUGCCUUCGUGGUAUCACCAUUGUCAAGGCCGAUGGCGACCUCAACAUCUCUCGCCUCAAGGGCGCAAUUGCUCCUCACGAGUUCCUUCACCUAGGCGGCGCCGAGUUCAUCGAUGUUGACCCCGUCGAAGGCUUUUCCGUCCGCAACUUUCAGAUUCAAGCCGCCAAGGCCGCCAUGACGAGCGAUAUCAUCGUCUACGGCGAUGACGAAGUGGCGGUUCGCAAGUUGGGCUGGGACAUAGCUUCCGCCCAGCACAAGUGGCGCUACAAGCAUGAGCUGCAGCGUCAUUGGGUUCCCGAGUACAACACCUUUAUCUGCCUUAGCCCAUUCGACGAGUUUGAAAAGAACCACCGUGAGAUUGUGGCAGUCGAUUCGACUGGUAAUUUGACGGGGAAUGUACUGGACUUCAUCAACCAAGAGAGACUUGAAAUGUAUCUCAUGACGCAGGCUUCGGAAAUUGCACUCAAUGUUUGGAUGGGUCCUACUCCCGAUCCAAUCAUCGAGGAGGACAAUGGUUAUCAUAUUCAGAUCGAGUGCAGCGACAUGGGAAGGGCCAACACCUGUGCAGCUUUCCUGCAAGCUCUUGCUGAGGAUGAGCUGGGCGAUGUACCAGAAACGGUCCAUUUUGACUUUCCUUCCUCAGGAAGCUUCCUAGUUCCGAACUAUUCCCAUGCGGAAGCAGACGCUCUUCUGGACACUUGCAAAUGGAUCUGGCAUCUUUCACACGGGACUAGGUCAGAGAAAUCUUCUGACCCCGGUAGAGAGAGGUCUCGGCCACCACCAAGCCCACGAAAGAUUCUCAUUCACUGCGCGGACGGUUACACAGAAUCCACAGUCCUAGGCAUUGCAUACUACAGCUACAGCACCGGCCUACCUAUCCCCGAAGCUUGGUUGAAGCUGCACACAAUCAUGAAACGCAACUUCUUCGCAUACCCCUCCGACGUAAGCUUCCUAGCGGCAAUCGCUCCCCGACUCCUGCAAGAAUCACCCAUUGGAGCCGACCGAAGCCUCGCCCAAGUUACGGAGCUUGUCAGAAACGAGCCAAAAUGGUGGACAGGUUUCGACGGGUCAUUGCCCAGCAGGAUCCUUGAUUACAUGUACCUCGGCAACCUUACCCAUGCAAACAACCCAGAUCUACUUAGGGCAAUGGGUAUCGGCCAAAUCCUGAGUGUGGGUGAGAUGGCCAUGUGGCGGGACGGGGAGUUGCAGGAGUGGGGGGAGGAAAACACGUGUAUUGUGCGAGGAGUGCAGGACAACGGAAUUGAUCCGUUGACGGAUGAGUUUGAGCGUUGCUUGGAGUUCAUUGACCGUGGCCGUCGCCUCGGGACUGCAACCCUAGUCCACUGUCGUGUUGGUGUGUCCCGCUCCGCCACCAUCUGCAUCGCCGAAGUGAUGCGUUCCAUGGGAAUGUCCUUCCCGCGAGCAUACUGCUUUGUCCGCGCUCGACGGCUCAAUGUCAUCAUCCAGCCUCACCUCAGGUUUGCCUACGAGCUGCUCAAAUGGGAAGAGUUGCUUCGCUCUCACCAAGAGACCAAGGAUCACGGCAAUUACACUCUGACGGCCGAUGGCAAGGAAGAUGACGAGUCGUCUUCUGAAGGCCAAGGCAUCAAGCGAGAGCUUGAGUGGGGAGAAAUUGCCAGGGAGGUUGCCUUGAUGAACAAGCCUUACUCGAGUUCGAGAUAAAAGGACGGUAUAACGCUCGAAUUGGGGAUGCCCGUACAGGAGAUGUUGAGAUGACGCUUUUCAACCGAGGCAAUUCACUGUUUCGAGGAUCGCUUUAUCAACCCCUGUGGUCGCUGCCAAUAGUGUUUGCGAUCUCGCAGAUAUAUAUGGAAAGUGGCUUUGGUUUCCCGACUGGGAAGAGCGAAAAUGUUACCGAAUGCGUGAGACGCGUAUGACAUGGUACAUACAUGUUCACCUCCAUUGUUGCUUCACCCGUCGAGGCCAGACAGCUCCCAGGAGGUGUGGUUGGCCCAGGACACACGCCUUUGGUUUAAUAAACGGGUAGGAAGCGUGAAGUUCCUUGGCUCGUUUGAAGGUUGUG